UCAUACGGUUUGUAAAAUAACUCAAGAAAAGUUUAGAAGAAUUAAAAAAGAAACAUCAUUUGUGUGGUAUUUGGGCAUCUUAUGUCAGCUAUUUCCUUCGAUUUUUAAAUCCAAAGGAGUUUUUCUUUAAGUUAUCGUGUGAAAAAUAUUUCAUGUUGAUUUUGCUGCGUUUUUAUUUUAAUUCAAAAUUGUAAAUAAACCUUGUCUAACACUGAAAAAUCAUAAAUAAAACAAAAGAUUAACUUCCAACAUAAUUUUACAUAUAUUUUUUCUUAACUAUAACAAAAACCAAAAAUUAAAAAGAAAAAUUAAAAUAAGUUCCCAGAGGUGUUAAAAAUUUAUUUUAUUUGAAGUUUUGAUUUUGAUAUUUUUCUUUAAUUAUAACAUUGCUUGGUUUUAAAAAUUAUUAAUUGAAAACAAAACAAAAGACAAAUACAUACAUUCUAAAUAAAUCCUUCGGUUGCAUCGACUUUUUCCAUUCAUUAUGGCAAAAAUGUAUGGAAAAGGUAAGACUUCAAUUGAAUCCGAUGAACAUCAAAGAUUAAGAUGGCAAAUUGAAUUAGAAUUUGUGCAGUGCCUCGCUAAUCCAAAUUACCUCAAUUUUUUAGCCCAACGCGGAUACUUUAAGGAUCAAGCUUUCAUAAACUAUCUCAAAUAUCUACAAUAUUGGAAAGAACCCGAAUAUGCCAAAUAUUUAAUGUAUCCUAUGUGUUUGUACUUCUUGGAUCUAUUACAAUACGAACAUUUUCGACGUGAAAUAGUCAAUUCACAAUGUUCGAAAUUUAUAGACGACCAAGCAAUAUUACUUUGGCAACAUUACACAAGGAAACGUACUAAACUCUUUGAUGCUGUUAAUGGAACACCACCGGACACAGGAAUAAAUCAGGAUAAUAAUUCAAUGCAAGGUGGUAAUGCUGGAAAUGCGCAUUUUAUGCAAAACGGUGUGGCUAAUCAACAAAAUGGAAUUGGCCCUGGUGGACAAAAAAUUUAACACUAGCUGUUCGAAAAUAAUCCUAAUAUAAAAUGUAAAUAUUUUUGUAUAUAAUUAUAAUUAAUAUUGCUUUAUGUAUAUUAUAUUUUAAGUAGAAAUAAACAAAACUGAAAUGUA